UUUUGCAGGUUGUCUACAGCCAUCUUACCGGUUAACCAACAAACUGGCAGGCGUUUGGAAAAGUUUUUUUUUUUUUACAUGUUUUGAAUUGCUUCUUUAGUAUAUUCCCCAAAUUUACAUCUAAGCUCUAAUAAAAGUGUGAUUUUUUUGCAAUUUUCUCAAAAUGGAGAACGAUACGUGUCCUAAGAGGAGCGAAAGCGGAGAACAAUUGGCUUGCCCCGGUCUGAUUCUGCCGCUAUUUCCGGGCGAAGAAGAUUGGAACCAGGGGUUUAGGGGGUUUUUGUAUUUGGUGGCGCUGCUAUGGAGUUUCAUGGGAGUGGCUAUCGUUGCUGAUAUUUUCAUGGUUUCAAUCGAAGUUAUUACAAGCAAGACAAAGAAGAUCAAACUAGCUAAUCCUAGCGCGCCAGGUGGAAUUGAAGUGGUGGAGAUCCGAGUAUGGAAUGACACCGUGGCGAACCUUACUCUCAUGGCAUUAGGAUCUAGUGCUCCUGAAAUUCUUCUAUCUAUCAUUGAGAUUGUUGGGAAUGAAUUCUUCGCCGGAGAACUUGGACCAAGUACGAUCGUAGGUUCUGCGGCUUUCAACCUGUUUGUCAUAACAGCCGUUUGUAUAGUUUCAAUUCCAAAAGGAGAAACAAAACGGAUUCGAACUAUAAAAGUAUUUAUGGUGACUACAUCCUUUUCAAUCUUUGCAUACAUCUGGCUUUUCCUUGUCGUUUCUGUGAUUUCUGAGGGUGUGGUACAACUAUGGGAGGCCAUUGUCACAUUCAUGUGUUUCCCGAUACUCAUUAUUAUUGCGUUUAUCGCAGACAAGGAUUAUUGUGGCGAAAAGAAGGAGACUACAGAAAUUGAGCUCGGAGUUGGUGAGUAA